AUGCGACAUUCAUUGAGGUUGGCCCCAUGCCUUGUGUUGGCUUGUGCUGCAUCAGGUGCAUGGGCGCGCAAGCGAUCAUUCAACAUAUACGAUGAUAUCUUGGCCUAUCCACAGUUCCAAGUGCAAUACCCCGAAGAAUAUAUCCUCUAUUCUCAAGCCGAAGAACUACUCCGGAUACAGCUCGAUUCAGAGCGUGAUGAACCACCCCAUGCCCAGAAAGACCCUCAAAUCUACACAGGCAAGGAUCAUGCCGAUGACGAUGCCACCCGAGACGGCGAAAAGCUGAAAUCACCGACGUUUACAUAUGAAGAAAUGAUUCUGGAUGAUCGACGACUCCUCUGCCAAAUACCACAGGUGGAGAAAGAUAAGGUGAACUCAACAGCCGGCCAAAAACCUAGCGAGGCAGACGAGCAAAAGGAGCUGGCACGCGCAACAGACCGAGGUCUUGAGCUUCUACGGGAGAUGGAAGGCAAAUGCAUGUACUAUUUCUCGGGCUGGUGGUCAUACUCUUUUUGUUACCAACAGCAGAUCAAGCAGUUUCAUGCUCUGCCUGCCAGUCGGGGGGCUCCUUCUUACCCACCUGCGGAGGAUCCUCAUUCGCAUUCCUUUAUUUUGGGGCAAUUCCCUGCCGACAAGCCAGACAAAGAACAGGACAGUUCGGAGCAACGGACGGCGCCCAAAACUGAUAUUGCAGAGCUACACACCAAAGGUGGCUCGCGGUACCUCGUACAACACCUACAGGGUGGCACCAAAUGCGAUCUUACAGGCCGUGAGCGCCGGGUGGAGGUGCAAUUCCACUGUCACCCGCAGUCAACGGAUCAAAUUGGCUGGAUCAAGGAGCUCACUACCUGCUCAUACCUAAUGGUUAUCUACACCCCCCGCCUUUGCGAUGAUGUUGCCUUCAUGUCACCACAGCAGGACGAAGUCCACAAUAUUGAAUGUCGUGAGAUCCUCAUGCCCGAGGAUGUCCCUCAGUGGGAGGACGCGAAACAGUGGUAUUUAGCCCAGCGAUUGGUUGAAGAAGCCACAGCCCAGUCAGAGGUUCAGAUUGUGGGUGGAAUUGUAGUUGGCGGUCGCCAGCUUGUUGGCAUGGACGGCAAGCAGCUUGAAAAAGGCCGCGUGGCUUCAGCUGGCGAGACGCAUGUUGAGGUGGUAGCAAAGCGAGAGAAUGGCGAGGUGAAGCAAAUUUCCAAGCAAGCGUUGAAGAAAUACGACCUCGACCUGGAAAAACUCGAUGACAUCAAACAACAACUUGAGGAGAUCUCCGAGGGCAGUGACUGGGUCCUCGAGGCUGUGGAGGUUAACGGGGCUAUCACUUUCAAGGGCCGAUUGGAAGGGAACGAGCAAGAGGCCGAUCCAGACUCUGAGCAUGAACAGCAGAGCAAAAAGGUCCAAACUACCCCAGCGAAGGAUGCCACAUCCCAAAAGCGCUCGCAAGAAUCGAAAUCUGGAGAUGAAAGCGAACACGGUCAACCGAUCAAGUCUGAGGAGCCUGGAAAUUCAGCAGGCAGCGAGGAAACAUUCAAGGACGAACUGUGA